AUGGAGGCUCCGGGCUGCCCGGCCUUCCCCCCGCCUCGCCGGCCCGGGGGUCCUCCGGGGGUCCCGCGGCCUCCCACCGCCUUCGCCCUGGGCCCCCCCCGGCGGCCGCCGCCGCUCAGCCCCCGCCCCGCCCGCUGCCCGCCGGCCCGGGCACAGCCCCGCUACCCGGGGGUCUCCAGCGCGGGCCCCCCCGCCGUGGCCGUCCAUGGGAAGCCCCCGUACCCGCCCGGGGCCGCAGGUACCGGGGGAGCGGCGGGUGAGAAGGGCUGCAAAGGUGGGUUCCAGAUGCUUCCCGGAGCCUGCCGGGCCCCCCCCAAAGCCCCGGGGGAUUUGGGGUGCCCGCUGGCAGCACCUCUGGGUGCCCUGCGGGACCACGGGGCCCCCGAGCUCCCCGAGCCCCUGGGCAAGAGCAAGAGCAAGAAGCGGAGGAACAGGACGACCUUCAGCACGUUCCAGCUGGAGGAGCUGGAGAAGGUUUUCCAGAAGACACAUUAUCCCGACGUCUACGCCCGGGAGCAGCUGGCGCUGCGGACAGACCUGACAGAGGCCCGGGUGCAGGUCUGGUUCCAGAACCGUCGGGCCAAGUGGCGGAAACGGGAACGUUACGGGAAAAUCCAGGAGCUGCAGAACAACCUGUGGCCGAGCCCCGCGAGCCCCCCGGGGCUCCUGCCCGCCGAGCCCCUCCCGUCCCCCUGCCUGGCCCCGUAUCCCCCCCCCGCCCACAGCAACACCUUCGUGGCCCUUCCCGCCUCCCCGGGCGCCCCCCCCGCCAUCAACGGCCUCUAUUCCCUGCACGGGCUGCCCCCCCCGGCCCUGGGCCCCCGCCCCUUCGAGCCCCCCCCCCAGCACGACUACAAGGCGCCCGCGCUGAUGCCGCUGAGGAUGAAGAGCAAAGAGGGGGCCGGGAACCUGCUGGGCUGGGCCACUUGA